GUGUUCAUGUGUAUGUGUAUGUGUGCGCGCGCGUGCGGAAACUGACAGGUAGAAAGCUGCCGUCUCUCGGUCAGCUGCGGGUAAUGCGGUGAUUUUGUAAAUAUUGCGAUGUGACUGUUCACUCGCAGCGUCUGAUUAACUAUGUGCACAAAACUUGGCACCGGACUUGGAGUUCGGCGGUGAACGUGGGCGAAGAUACCGCAGGAACAAACGGGAAAUCCAACUGUCAGCUGGCCGGGAAAAGCGAUCACACCACCCGGCUUCCGGGGAUUCAGGGGCCGCAUCGGUUGACGGCAGACGUCGGUCGGUAGCUCGGUGCGGGGAUAAGGGCGAGCAGCCAUAUCAUCGCCGACAUCCACAGCUCGACUUAAGGCACUUUCCAUGAUGUCAAGAAAGCUACAAAGGACAGAAGUCUGCGCCGACUGCAGUGCGCCAGACCCCGGCUGGACCAGCAUCAACCGUGGGGUCCUGAUCUGUGACGAAUGCUGUUCAGUUCACCGGAGCCUGGGACGCCACAUCUCCAUAGUCAAACACCUGAGACACAGCGGGUGGCCGCCUGCACUGCUGCAGAUGGUUCAGACCUUGGCCAGUAAUGGAGCCAACUCAAUUUGGGAACACAGUCUCUUGGACCCUGCUCAGGUUCAGAGUGGUCGUAGAAAACCCAACCCCCAGGACAAAGUCCAUCCAACUAAAUCAGAGUUCAUCAGAGCCAAAUACCAGAUGCUGGCCUUUGUGCACAAGCUGCCCUGCCGCGAUGAUGAUGGCGUCACCACCAAAGACCUCAGCAAGCAACUUCACUCCAGUGUGCGGACGGGGAGUUUAGAGACGUGUCUUCGGCUCCUGUCCCUCGGCGCACAGGCCAACUUCUUCCACCCGGAAAAAGGCACCACCCCACUUCACGUAGCCGCAAAGGCAGGACAGAUCUUGCAAGCAGAGCUUCUAGUGGUGUACGGUGCAGACCCAGGGGCACCUGACAUUAACGGACGUACGCCCAUGGAUUAUGCGAGGCAGGCGGGUCAUAUAGAGUUAGCAGAGCGGCUAGUGGAGUGUCAGUAUGAGCUGACGGACAGGCUGGCCUUCUACUUAUGUGGUAGACGUCCAGAUCACAAAAAUGGUCAUUACAUCAUUCCGCAAAUGGCUGACAGAGCUCGUCCUAAGUGCCCGACACAGAGUCUGGACCUGUCAGAGUUGGCCAAAGCUGCCAAAAAGAAACUCCAAGCGCUCAAUAAUCGACUCUUCGAGGAGCUAGCCAUGGAUGUCUACGAUGAAGUGGACCGUAGAGAAAAUGAUGCAGUGUGGCUCACAACCCAGAACCACAGCACUUUGGUCACAGAGCGCAGCGCAGUGCCCUUCCUGCCAGUCAAUCCUGAGUACUCUGCCACACGCAACCAGGGCCGUCAGAAAUUGGCCCGUUUCAACGCUCGGGAGUUUGCCACACUCAUCAUCGACAUCCUGAGUGACGCCAAAAGGAGACAGCAGGGAAAAGGUCUCAGCAGCCCGACUGAUCCACUGGACCUGGGCUUCGACGAUGACCAGCACGACUAUGACAGCGUAGCAUCAGAUGAGGACACCGACAGUGAGCUGACCACUCAGAACAACAACAACACGCAGCGUAGCAACCGAGCUAAGAGUAUGGACUCCUCAGACUUGUCAGAUGGCCCCAUCACUCUGCAGGAGUACCUGGAGGUGAAGAAGGCCUUGGCCUCCUCAGAAGCCAAGGUGCAGCAGCUGAUGAAAGUCAACAACAACUUGAGCGAGGAGCUCCGGCGGCUCCAGAAGGAGAUCACACGGAUGCAGACAGAGAACAGUGCCCUGCGGGGGGGCCAGCAGGCUGGGGGAGCAGCCGGCCAUGGGGCAGGGGGACCUGGUGGAGGAGGAGGAGGUGGAGGGGGAGGAAGCCACUGGCAAGGGGGUAUGAUUCGUGGAGGAAUAGGUGGAGGGAGUCUUGGAGGAUUUGGUCCAGGUGUUGACACCCCAGGGCUCACUGUGUCCUCCUCUACCUCUCCCCACUCUCAUCCCAACCGGCGAGACCGCCAGGCCUUCUCAAUGUAUGAGCCAGGGGCGGCCCCCGGCCCCACGGCCCUUGGUCCCCCAGCCCUGGAUUCCCUGGCAGCCCGCCUGCAGCCCCUCAACACACCCAGCGUAAGGAAGGGUAGUACGGGAGCUCCAGCACCGUAUGGAGGCCCGUCUGCAUCUAUAGAGGUUGGCCGAUAUAUGGUCUCUAAACCAGACAAACAUGGCAGUGGAACGGACAGCGAUUAUGACAACACACAAACAUAUGACCACUCACUAAGUAUGGGCCGCAGCAGUGAGGAGGAGGGACGCGUCGAUUCAGAGGAGGGUGGCGGUGGGGACACUUGUGAGCCAGACCCCACUCUGCCCUGCACAGAGGAUGUCAUACUGAAGACUGAGCAGGUGACCAAGAACAUCCAGGAGCUGCUCAGAGCCGCUCAGGAGUUCAAACACGACAGCUUUGUUCCAUGUUCUGAGAAGAUCCAUUCUGCUGUCACUGAGAUGGCUUCACUUUUUCCUAAACGUCCAGCACUAGACGCCGUCCACUCCUCCCUCCGCCUGUUGGCUUCCAGUGCCUCACGGUUGCAGGUGGAGUGUCGUAAGGCCGCACCUUCAGAGCCCGGGGCCCCCACGGUGGACUACCAGCUCCUCACCCAGCAGGUCAUCCAGUGCGCCUACGACAUUGCCAAGGCAGCAAAGCAACUGGUCACAAUCACCACACGUGAGAAGAAACAGUGAUUCUGCAAAUGCAUGGAAAGAGAGGGAAGAGGGCGAAAAAAACAGAUCAAUGCAUGGAAGGGCCAAGAGGGAACGGAGGGGUUUCUGGGAAAGAAAUAAAGAAGGAUAGUACGAUUACCACAAUGAUGAGAGAUCAAAGGACAGGAAGUGGCCAAGAAAAUCACAGGCAGGAUGAAGACCGGGAUGGGAAAUAAAAAUGGAAAGUGGAACGGAAGAAAGAGGAUCCAGAUGGAAGCACUAAGUGUUCGCAGGAGAACACAAGGACCGAAGGAAGAGAAAAUCCACAAGUGUGGGAGUGAAAAUAGGGAAGAACAGGAGUAGAAGAGUUCCACCGAGGCCACCGGCAGCAAAGUGAAGAGUCAGAAUCAGAUGUGAGUCCUGAGCCGUUUAUCUGUGAUGAGCAUAUGUGAAAAUCCGACGGUGGCCAUGUACAGAGAAACUGGAUCCAGAGAUGUUACUGCUUUAUUUAUUUCUCACCCCUCGCUGGUCGUCCCUGCCUCUCCCUCCCCCGGUGCACCAGGAACACAGGACAUGUCUGCCCGUUUGCCAUGUGAGGAGUCAGGACUCCUUGCCCCUCUCCUCUCCCUCUCUGACCUCCACCGUGUCCAGUCCCGUCCCAUCCUGUACUAUGCGGGAUGAAUUCCAGCUGCCAGGGAAGGAUCACCUGCAGUCCGUCUCCCUUCACCCCAAACACCUCACCCAGGAUGCUUUGGGUAAUAUUUUGGGAGGAUGCUCCAGCCGUUCUCUGACCUCUCACCUUCCCUCAAUCUCAACCCCUCCACCCUCACCCCUCACCUUCCGCAACCCCCCGACCCCUAAGGUGUUGGUGGUACACAGCAUGAUCUGUUAGUAUUUGAAUUUUCUUUCCUCUCUCUUGGCUUUCAUUUGUUUAACUUUUAUUUUUCAUGCAGAGUGGUUUGGUCUGGCCCUCUGAGAAGAAACCUUACUGACUUAAAAGAAAAAGAACAAAACACUUACACUGGAAUUAUUGUGAUUUAUUACGUUGUUUAUCAUGUCCAUGUUCGUUUUCUUUGUAUUGAUAUUUUUUACUGACUCCUGAUUUAACUCUUUAUGUAUGUUUAUUUCUUUGACUCAAUUACUAUGAUCUAAUUUACUGCAAUAGGGAGACAGUGGGUUGGGAGAGCAUGUGCUGGACCUCAGACAAACGUGCACACACAGGAAAAAGACAUCUUUUCUCAAGCGCUCCAUUUCUAAGAAAUAGUCAGUGAUUUUUUUUUUUUUUGGUCAUAUUUUAAUGUCCUGUGGCCAAGGAUUGAACAGUUGCCAAAGUGGGGGGAGUGGAGCAUUCAAGGGAAGUUAGUUUUUGACAUCCCGUCAAACUGAAUAUUCAUGGUGGGUUUAAUCAUUGGAACUGGAUCAAAAUGCUUAUAUUCCUUUCCUGUAUCCUCUUCUGACUUUUCGUGCUUGAUUUAUGCUUAAGUGUUUGCCUCAUAUAACACAAUCGGUGAAAUCAUCUCAGAAUUAAUCUCACGGUCGUUCUUUGUGCCAAGCAGGACGCUAACACUGAGCUAAUUUGUUCUGGCGUUGCUGUAGAGCAGUGUGUGACUGACAGAGCUGUCGUGGAGCAGCCACUAUUUACAUGCAUGUUACUACAAACACAGGGAUAUGGAUGAGGAGAUACUUGUAUGUUGCAGUUUUUAUGUAGCUCUGUGGAAGGCGCCAGUGUACAUACACUACAUGAAACUCACUGUAUAGUUCAUUUGAGAAUGAAAAAUUGUUUUGUUUUGUUAAAUUGAUUAAUUCACCUCAAGUGUGCUUGAUUUACCUUUUUUGCCAUGUUUGUUUACACUGUGGCGUGCACAAUUAAUGCCACGGUCUUUGUCCCCCUCCCUUCACCCACCCUUUGUCGUGGCCUGCUGAUGCGGGGGGCCACAAAAGUUGUCAUGUUGAGCUAACUCUAAACUCUGCGAAUGUCAUACAGUCAUCGUUGGGAACAAAUUUUCGUAUCUUUUUGCUUUUCAAAAAAAAAGCGCACUUUUUUUUAUUGGUUUAAAUCCUUCUGCUCUGUCCUGAAAACACUCAGAUUCUGUCAAAACUGGAUUCAGUAUUCACUAUUCCUCAAAAUAAUUUCUGCAUCUCACUGAUUUGUGAUCCUGCUCAUGACUCAGGAUAUUCAUUUGAGUUUUUCUCCAAAAUCGACAACCUCAGCCUACGACACAGUACAUCUCAUUUUCAGUUUGUUAAUAUUGUUUUGCUGCCUUUUGUCAACAACAAGGACAAAAAAAAACAACCUAACAAUUAAUUAAACAUUAUUAAUUCAAGGAGAUCUGAUGACCAAAGGACAUCUUCGCCUAUUUGAUUCGAUCAUUGCGGGGCCUUCUGAUUCUGGCUGUUCCUCAGUGUUUUGCUUCUCUAAAGUGUCAUUGGAAUUUUUUUUUUCAUUCUCCUGUUCCUGCCAAAACCAGUAGUGUCCAGAUUGAUCGUAAUAUGUUUUUCCUGAGAAAUGCUUUUGCACAGUAUCAUCAUCUCUGGUUUAAACUGGCCAAGUUGCAGUAAAUCAAUUUACUGCUGGAACAUCAGAAAACACUAGGGGGCAGUGAAAGAUUUCAUCCCAUUGACCCAAAUUGCCCAACUUUUAGACUAGAGCCAUAUGAUAUAUAUAUAUAAAAAUAUAUAUGAACAUAUAUUUUCACACUAUAUUUUAUAUUAAGCUAUAAGUUGCGAGGUUAUGUUUGCAAGAUAUUUAUGUCGGCUUAAGUGGAGCUUCAGGCCGAAAUCCUCAUUUAUCUUAGGUCUCGAAACCUGAUGUACUUAUAAAUACUGCAAGUCUUGAAGAAGAGGUUCUGUGGUUCCAACCACACACACACACACGUACGUUGUAGUCCUAUUGUAGAAACAGAUGUUGGAGAGCGUGAGGGCAACAGUUUGAUCAGGUGUGGUCUCAGUUGCACUAUUUUCAAACACCAGCUGGAUGGACUCUUUCGAGGCUUUUUGUUCAGGUACAGAAGGUGCAGGAGGCGGGGGGCGUUGUGAGAUAGGGGCAGUUAAAAAACGGUCUGAAGCGCCCUUUUUUGCUCAGCACUUACAGUCAUCUCAAAACAAAGGGGAAGAAGCUCCGAAGGUGCUCACGGCUUACAGGUGCUUCCUCAGAGUUGUGGACACUACAGUUUGCCUCUGUUAUGUGAAUGUUGGAUGCUUGUGUCAAUUUUUGUCCAACACACUUAAAAAAACAAAAACAAAAAAAAAACCCAUUGCACCCUCAACAUCUCACUGUUGGACCAAGCCUUUCAGAAAUACAGAUGUCACACACUUACAAACAAACACACACACACACACACUACUGGCAGUGCACUGUGGCCUGUCACUGUCCCCGUGUUUCUCCACAGCUCUACCCUUUGGGAGAUGGGUGAGGGGAGAGUUACCUUUUAACAGAAGACAUUAAAACUGUAUAAUGUAGUGAAGACAAACAGUGACUAAAAAAAAGGUCAAUCGUAAUGGAAAACUCAUAAGCUGUACAUUUGUAAUAAAAUAAUAAAACAAGUUAAUUGUC